AUGCACCUUCAUCCUCCUUUCCCUCUCCCUUCCUCCCUUCCUCCAUUUAUCUGCCUCACUACCCUCUUUACCCUCUCUGUUGCCCGUCCUCCCUUCCUCCAUCUCUCUGCCUCACUACCCUCUUUACCCUCUCUGUUGCCCGUCCUCCCUUCCUCCCUUCCUCCAUCUCUCUGCCUCACUACCCUCUUUACCCUCUUUGUUGCCCGUCCUCCCUUCCUCCCAUCCUUCCUUCCUGCCAUUCUUCCUCUCCUCAUCCUCCCUCUAUCCAGUCCCCCUUCCCCUUUCCAUCUCCCACUCUCCCACUCCCUUCCUCACGCCAACUCCCGUCCUCCGUUCCACCCUUCUACCUUCCCCCUUGUACCCAGCCGCAAUUUUUCCUCUCAUCCGCCCAUCAUCUCAUCCGCCCAUCAUCUCAUCCGUCCAUCAUCUCAUCCGCCCAUCACCUCAUCCGCCCAUCCUCUCAUCCGCCCAUCAUCUCAUCUGCCCAUCGUCUCAUCCGCCCAUCACCUCAUCCGCCCAUCAGCUCAUCCGCCCAUCCUCUCAUCCGCCCAUCCUCUCAUCCGCCCAUCUUCUCAUCCGCCCAUCAUCUCAUCCGCCCAUCAUCCAUCCGCCCAUCAUCUCAUCCGCCCAUCAUCUCAUCCGCCUAUCAUCUCAUCCGCCCAUCACCUCAUCCGCCCAUCAUCUCAUCCGCCCAUCAUCUCAUCCGCCCAUCACCUCAUCCGCCUAUCAUCUCAUCCGCCCAUCAUCUCAUCCGCCCAUCACCUCAUCCGCCCAUCAUCUCAUCCGUCCAUCAUCUCAUCCGCCCAUCCUCUCAUCCGCCCAUCAUCUCAUCCGCCCAUUAUCUCAUCCGCCCAUCAUCUCAUCCGCCCAUCAUCUCAUCCGCCCAUCAUCUCAUCCGCCCAUCAUCUCAUCCGUCCAUCCUCUCAUCCGCCCAUCAUCUCAUCCGCCCAUCCUCUCACCGUCACCCACGCUUCUGCCUUAGUGCCUUUCCCCGCUCUCUCUCCCCUACCCACGCUUCAUCUCGCUCACCCUUCCGCCCUUCCUCCGUCUCCCUUGCUCAUUUUCUGCCUCCGUGCAUUCUUUGUUCCCCACCAUGCAUCAGAGUUUGUGGUUCGUGUAUGUGCAGGUCUGCCAUGCAUCCAGUUGUGA